AUGGAAAAAGUUGCGGAAGAAAAAUUGACACCUCUUGAAAGCUGGGAUAGAUAUGAAGAAUUCGAGGAGAAUUUGAAGAAAUAUAAAUUGAUUGCAAGAAAACAAAUGAAAGAAGCAAAUUGGCCAAAAAACAGAUGGAGUAAUGAAUAUAUGAGACUACAUAAGUUAGAAAAACCAAAAAUAAUAUAUUAUACACCUGAUGAAUUUAUAAAAGAAAUGAUGAAAUUAGGGAUAUAGUACUGAAGAACCUGUGAAGCCGAAAAAAGGGAGUGAUAUUCUUGAAGAAAUGAUUAAACCAGUUGAAAAACCGGUGAAAUCAUGUAUCACAGAGCCAGAAUACGAUUAUGAUAUCGAAAAAUUAGAAGAAAUGUUUAGAAAUCAAGAAACUGAUGAUUGGUCAUUUGAUGAUUGA